GACAAAGCCGUACAACGUUGUGUGGCAAUGGAGCAAGCCAGUAGGGAUGUGGAGACGCUCAGAGGAGAGGCAGGACUCCAACCACGACCACACGAAGGCACGGUCGGGAUGGCUGAGGUUCAUCAAAUGACAACGGGAUCAACCACAUGUUAUCGAUGCGGAGGAGCACAUGAAGCCAGAGAGUGUCGAUUUAGAACAGCUACAUGUUUUCGUUGUCAAAAACAAGGACAUGUACAAAGGAUGUGCAGGACCAAACCAGGUCCAAGAAAAGAAGUCCAAUCUGACAAGGGACCAAUUCGGAAGGAAAAUAAGAAGAAACCAGCGAUGAAAUGCCUGGAAGCAUGGGAGAAGGAGGAACAUAGUGAGAGUGACAGUGACUUGUACAACUUGUUCAGUCUUGGAAGAAACCACGCCAUGGAGGUACAGGUGCAAAUUGAACGGAAACCCAUUGUCAUGGAAUUAGACACUGGGGCGGCCGUAUCAGUCAUAAGUCAUGAGGAAUACAAGAGGAAACUAAGACAGCAGGUCUCCAUCAAAGAGACAGAUCUGUUGCUGCACACGUAUACUGGAGAGACCGUCAAACCAAUGGGAGUGUGCACAGUGAACGUAGAACAUAAUCACCAGAAACAACAGUUGCCCUUGUAUGUACUACCCGGAAAAGGGCCAGCUCUUUUGGGACGAGAAUGGCUGAAAGCCAUCCGACUGCAAUGGUCACUCCUCCAUCUGAACGCAACUCAAGAACUAGAAGACCUGCUAGCACGACACCCCAAUGUGUUUGGAUUGGGGUUGGGGCGCAUGAAAGGCAUCAAGGCCCGAAUAGCGUUGCGGAGUGACAGCACACCACGUUUUUGGAAGGCAAGACCGGUGGCUUUCGCGAGGAAGAAAGCCGUGGAGCAAGAACUAGAUAGGCUGGAGUCUGAGGACGUGAUAGAACGGGUACAGCACAGCGAGUGGGCGGCGCCAAUAGUUACUCCUGUCAAGAAAGGAGGCAACGUUCGGAUUUGCGGCGAUUUUAAAGUGACCGUUAACCCACAGCUAGAGAUAGACACCUACCCACUCCCUCGAAUUGAGGAGAUUUAUGCAGGCUUGGGAGGAGGGAAACACUUCACAGUCAUCGACCUGAAGCAAGCCUACUUGCAAAUGGAGCUGCAAGAAGACUCCCAGUUGGCAAUGACCAUCAACACCCAUAGGGGCCUGUAUCGGUUCAAGCGCCUACCGUUCGGAGUAGCUUCAGCCCCAGCAAUAUGGCAACGAGCGAUGGAACAAGUUCUGAUGGGAAUACCGGGCACCAGAUGCUACCUGGACGAUAUCAUCAUCACGGGCCACACCCUAGAAGACCACUUGACCAACUUGGAGAUGGUUCUUCAUCGGCUGGAGGAGUAUGGCUUGAAGGCUAACAAAGAGAAGUGCAAGUUCUUGAGCGAUUCCGUAGAAUAUUGUGGCCACAUAAUAUCGGCGAAAGGUCUACACACAUCGGAAAAGAAGACACGAGCCAUCACUCAGAUGCCAGUACCAUCUAGUAUUCAACAGCUGAGGUCUUUCCUUGGAAUGAUCCAAUAUUACGCCAGAUUCUUGCCAAAUCUGUCGACGGAGCUUGCACCUUUGCAUGACCUGUUGAAAAAGGACGCCCCGUGGGAGUGGGGUGAAGACCAGGGAAAAAGCUUCACCAAGGUCAAACAGAUGUUGUUGCAAGAUAGGAUUCUCACACAUUUUGAUCCUGGGUUACCAGUAACACUUGCUUGCGACAGUUCAUCCUAUGGACUAGGCGCAGUCCUUUCACACAUGUUUCCGGACGGUAGCGAACGACCCAUCGCAUAUGCUUCCCGUUCUCUAAGCGGGGCGGAGAAACAGUAUGCGCAAAUAGAGAAGGAGGCGCUUGCACUUUACUGGGGAGUAAAGAAAUUCAGACUGUAUCUGGAAGGGCACCGGUUUACACUGAUCACCGACCAUCAACCACUGAAAUUUAUUUUGAGCCCUGACAAGGCUAUUCCAGUCACCGCUGCAGCUCGACUACAACGCUGGAGUUUGUUUCUGGGAGCAUUUACAUACGACAUCCAGUACCGGCCAACAGGGCAACAUGCCAACUGUGAUGGACUAUCACGACUACCUGUGGAUGACGAGAUUCCAGAUCGAACAGAUGAUACAGCCAUUUUUUACAAUAGCAUUGUGGAUACCUUGCCGGUUACAGCAAAAGAUAUUGAAAGGGCAAGCAGACAAGACCGCCUCAUAUCUCAGGUCAUGGAGAUGGUGCAGCAAGGAGGGCAGUCACUGGAUACAGAAAAGGAACUGAUCCCGUUCAACAGGAGGAGAAACGAAUUGAUUACACAUCAGGGGGUCCUGAUGUGGGGAUCUCGAGUGGUGGUACCAACCAAGCUUAGAGCAAGGGUGUUGGAAACCUUGCAUGAGGGCCAUCCCGGGAUGGUGAAAAUGAAGGGUUUAGCUCGGUCAUUCGUGUGGUGGCCGGGCAUAGAUGGAGACAUUGAAAGAGAGGUUCGACACUGUGUAGGAUGUCAAGAGAAUGCGAGGACACCUGGUAGAGGGCCGCUCCAUAGAUGGGAGUACCCAGCUAAACCUUGGCAGAGGCUGCACGUAGAUUUUGCAGGACCCCUCGACGGACAGAUGUAUCUUUUGGUCAUCGAUGCAUACAGCAAAUGGCCUGAAAUUUUUUCCAUGAGAAGCACCGUGGCUGAGGAGACAGUGGCAACUUUGCGGACAUUGUUUGCUCGGUUGGGCCUACCUGACCAAGUAAUAUCAGAUAACGGUCCACAGUUUACAUCAGAGUGUUUCAGAAUGUUCAUGUGCAAGAAUGGUAUUCGACAUGUCACGGGGGCACCAUAUCAUCCCGCGACGAAUGGUCAGGCGGAGCGUUUGGUGCAAUCAUUCAAGAGAGCCAUGAAAGCAGAGAAAAGGGAGAGAACAGCACAACACAAACUGGAUAGGUUUUUGCUUUCAUAUCGGAACUCCCCUCAGGCCACUACGGGACAGAGUCCGGCUCAGCUUUUGUUGGGUAGAAACAUCAAGUCAAGACUGGACUUGGUUAAACCAAGUGUGGAACGGGAAGUCAACAGCAAACUGAUACAAAACGAAUAUCGUCCGCCAAAGGGUUUUGCCAAAGGACAAGCGAUCUGGUUUAGAAAUUACCAUCUGGGCCCCAAGUGGCUUGUCGGAACCGUCGAGGAGCAAACUGGACCGGUGUCCUACAGAGUGGCAACGCCUACCAGAACACACAGGUUACACGCGGACCAAAUGAGAUCAGGGCCACAUCCUGAGGGAGUCCCUAGCAAGGAUACAGGUUCAAAGACAGAAGAGGUAGCGUUGUCUCAGCCAUUACCAGGGCGAGAGCCAGUAACUGGGCAAGAGGGGGAAACACAGACACAACAAGAAAUGGACAGCAGACAGGAAGCUCCUAACGAAUGUCAGAUACCAGAGCCACCCACACCAGUACCAGAAGGAGGAAAUGCCACAUGUACCAGGUCAGGGCGGAGAGUACUACCACCCGCUCGCUUGGCAGAAUAUGUUACGGACUAUGCAAAGUGAUUGGUUGUUUUAGCACUAGUUUUAGCGCUGUUGGGUUGCGUUGUUUCAGAAUAGCACAGGGGGUGUAGAGUAGUGGCCCGGCAUAUCCGGGGAACAGCAGUUGGGUAGCCGGGUACUGUACUUGUGCAACGGACGUGAGACUGGAAGUCUAACAGAGUAUUACCGU